AUGUCUACAUCUGGCAUUAUACCAUUAAGACCACAUUUCACGCCAACAACUGAUAAAGAUUCAUAUUUCUUUAAUUUGCGUGAUAACAACAAAGAACAGCAAGAAGAAAACUUCGAUUCAAUGGACAACGUACGGGAACAUAAUCAAAGUAGAAAACAACGUUCACCAGUGAAACUCACUCGAGAGUUUGGGACACAAUCAGGAAAGCCAAAGCGUAGUAUUGGUACAAUGUCUGAUUCUAUUGGAAGACAUGAUUCUGUUAAUGAAACACCGCCAUCAACAGAUAUCCCAAAGCUAUACAGUGGACGAAAAUCACCUCAAGAAAUAGAGAAAGUUCCUGACGAUAACAGAAGAUCCCAAUCAUUUUCACCGCCAGCCAAUAGGAAACCUGAUGAGACGCCACCAAGGUCACCACCUAGAAAUCCACCGCAUUACAAUCGCACACCUUCGCCGUCGUCACCAAAUAAUAGUCCACCGAAUAAAAAAGGUCAACCAUCAAAAUCUACAACGGAAACAGACACUAGUCUGGAUGGAAUGCCUCCAAAAAAAGACCAAGGAGUUCAAUCAGAUCCACGCUCAACGAAAGACGCUGACACGUCCACAUAUCCAUCAUCAAAACUCCAAGUUACUAAACUGACACCAAUAAAGCAAUCCAGUCAUUUUACUAAUUAUCAAGAACAUCCAAAUAAACCAACUCCAACGAAAAUAUAUCGUGUUAGACCAACUAACAAGGAAGAUUCAACAAAUGAUGCCAAAUAUGAUGACGAUAAAAAACCAAUAUCCAUAGGUCCAUCCAAUCAAUCACCCGAUGAGAAUUAUUCUAAAAAAUCGCCAAUCAUCGUUAGACCUGGCACACAUGUACCAUCGACAGACGAAAAGAAAACAACAACAACAACAAUAACAUAUUCAGAUGAAAAUUCCGAUGACAGGGAAAAGAAGGCUCCUACUCCGUCAUAUCACUAUGGUGAACAACAUGUAGUCUCAUCGGCAAGAGAGUCGCCUGUAUUGAGUAUUGGCACUGAACAUAUUAUCCAUCAAUCACCUGACAACGAGCGUACAACUCCACUUGAAACACAAUAUAUUGAAGAUCCGAAUCGCUCAUUCCAUAUAGCCAAUAGUGACGAUUCACCAUCGAAGAAGAAACGCGUGGUUUUAUUGCGUGUUCUGAAUUCAGCACAGACAUAUAUUUUCGAACAACAACCGUCAUCGAACAAAAGUGUUCAUCAAUCACGACCAAACACAAACUUUUAUUUAGCAUCAUCGCCAACAUUUCGUUCGUUUAAUACAUCGCCUCAAGUUAAUGACGCUACUGUCGAUGUUCACAUCCAUCCAACCAACUCCGACGACGUUGCUGGACAACAUUUAGUUUCCCAAUAUGCUUAA